AAAGUAAUGUUUUCCUUUGUCUUUAUAUAUCCCAUUAGUGAGUAGUGACGAUCCCACCAUAUAAUAUGAGGAACAUCUCAGCGCUCUCCAUAGUGUACCUCCUCUUCUAGUGCACACAACUGAGCCGAGAGAGUGCGCAAGCGCAAUAGAGCAGGAACUUCAAUUAAAAUUACUCAUCUAGAGAUCAAAAUGAAGGAUCUUUAUGCCUUGGGCCACUUAUUUGUGUGCGCUUUUCUCUUCUACUUCUCUUCGUUUAUGGUGAUUCCCGCGAUCACCGACAUCACGAUAGAGGCGCUCUGCCCCGGCCACGACCAGUGCUCCCUCGCCAUCUACCUCAGCGGCUUCCAACAAGCCAUAAUAGGGUUGGGAACUCUCAUGCUGACUCCUCUUGUUGGUAAUCUAUCUGACAAAUAUGGUAGAAAGGCUUUGCUGACACUUCCCACCACAAUUGCAAUUGUUCCGUUAGCAAUAUUGGCAUAUAAUCGCUCCAGGCCAUACUUCUAUGCAUACUACGUGAUCAGGAUGUUUGCAGGGAUGUUUUGCGAAGGAAGCAUGCAAUGCCUCUCCCUUGCUUAUGUGGCCGAUAAAGUGGGCGAGCGGCGUCGCGCCUCCGCGUUCGGUGUUUUCUCCGGCGUCUCCGCCGCGGGAUUCGUCUCCGGAACCCUAACCGCUCGUUUCCUCUCCACCUCCUCCACGUUCCAGGUCUCCGCCAUUGUCGCCGUGAUCGCAGCUGCGUAUCUCAGAAUCUUGCUACAAGAAUCCGAUAAUGGAGUCGCAGCUGUUUCCGAGGAGGAUCCGUCGCAACCCCUGUGCUCACCUCCCUCCGAUGGCGAUUCGUCGCCGCGGCUCCCGUCGCUCACGCGGAAGGUCCCGUCGGUAUCGGACAUGAUCGGCCUUCUAACGAGCAGCUUGACCUUAUCGAGAGCAGCAGUAGUCGCAUUUUUUUACAGUCUUGGUGAAAGUGGCCUGCAGACUGCAUUAUUGUACUUUCUAAAGGCUCAGUUCCACUUUAACAAGGACCAAUUUGCUGAUUUGUUGCUGAUCGUUGGGAUUGCUGGCACAUUUUCACAGCUGACUCUGAUGCCCUUCUUGGCCCACAGCGUGGGCGAGGAGAAACUGCUUACUAUAGGGCUUUUGGCAAGCUGCACACAUGUUUUCCUAUAUAGCAUCUCUUGGUCAUAUUGGGUACCUUAUUUUGCUGCUAUGUUUGUGAUUCUAAGUGUCUUUGUUAACCCAUGUAUAAGAAGCAUUGUGUCCAAGAAGGUUGGAUCAACUGAGCAGGGAAUGGCCCAAGGGUGUAUAACUGGUAUAAGUUCAUUUGCCAGCAUUAUUGCCCCUCUUGUCUUUACUCCUCUAACAGCAUGGUUCCUAUCGGAAGCUGCACCUUUUGACUUUAAAGGUUUCAGUCUCAUGUGUGCUGGAUUCGCAACGUUGAUAGCUUUCACAAUGAGUAUUACAAUGAGGGCAGAGUACUCUGUUACGGGUCAGAAAUUCAGCAAUGUCAGACAUGAGCAAGUUUAAUGAAGUAAAUCUCUGAAACUUGUACAUAGUUUGCGGUUAGCAUAUAAAACAAGAAAGAGAAAAGACGAUAGUCGCAGAGGGUUGAAAAUCCUGCUAUCCAUCUACGUAUGCCUAUAUUCGGAUGGGCCUGCUGUGAUGUGCUGAAAGCUCGAGUCCACCUGUUUGAAGGCAGUCUCUCCAUGGUUGAAGUUUUUCUCCAAAAAGGGCAAUACACACCUAUCACUUCAUGUAAUUUUCUCCCGUUUAGAUAAUCCCAGCUAUAAGUACCUUAAUAUGUUUUAUAAACCCUUUAUAAUUAGUCUCAGUGCUUUCUCAGCGUAUCAUCUUAGAGUAUGUACCUGUCUUUGUAAACAGAAUAGCUCCCAAGGCAAAUAUGCAGACUUUGUUGAUAAAACUUACCGUAA